AUGGGGAUCGCUCGCAGACUUAUUGAUCUCGGGGCUAAUGUGAAUGCUCCUGGAGCUCGAUUCAUCGGUAGGACCGCUCUGGAGGGUGCAGCAGAGCAUGGUCAUGUAGAUACCGUUCGACUGCUUCUUGAAUCAGGGGCUUCGGUUGAGGGCGAUGGACGCAAACAGUAUUGGCGUGCCGUUCUACUGGCCGAAAAGAAUGCAACUUACACGACAGUGAAUCUCUUGAAGUCCAUAAUCGGCUGGACAGACUUUGAUUCCAUGCUCGCCACCAAAGACAUUCUAGAAGAUGACGAUGUCGGGGACGAAUUUGUAACGGAGAUGAUGGACUAUUUUGAUUAG